AAAACUGCCUCAAUUUAAAAACCAUUCAAUGAAACUUUCUUCAGAAAAGAAGGAAGACCGUUUCAUCCAUUGGGGCGGGAGCUUGUGACUCGCUCAACUUCCUCUAUAGUAGCGCGUGGAAGAGUUGAGCGAGAGCAUUCUCUCAUUCGGUGCUUUGAGGGAGAGCUGAACACUUCUGCACACCCGUGAGGAGCAACAGGACUACAGAGCUAUUAAACAACAGGCCAGCUAAACUGACCCCAGCUCACUCGGGACACGGACAGAGUACUGAAAGAAUUUUGACAGGGGAGUGACUCGGAACGGGAGCAACAUGAGCGAUCGCUUUGACUGUGACAACUGCAAGGAGUCCUUAUACGGCAGGAAGUACAUCCAGGCGGAGGACAACCCUUACUGCAUCCCUUGCUACGACAGUCUGUUCGCCAACACCUGCGAUGAGUGCAAAGAGCUGAUUGGCCACGAUUCAAGAGAGCUAUUUUACGAGGACCGUCACUACCACGAGCACUGCUUCCGCUGUUUCCGCUGUGACCGUUCACUGGCAGACGAGCCCUUCACCAGCCAGGACGAUGCUCUUUUGUGCAAUGACUGCUACUGCAACGAGUUCUCCUCCAAAUGUGUGGCCUGCGAUAAAACCGUCAUGCCUGGAACCAGGAAGCUCGAGUAUGCCGGCUCCACAUGGCAUGAGGGCUGUUUUAUUUGCAACAGCUGUCAACAGCCAAUAGGCUCCAAGUCCUUUAUCCCAGAUAAAGAUGACCACUAUUGCGUACCCUGCUAUGAGAACAAGUUCGCACCACGCUGUACUCGAUGUAAACAGGCCUUGGCUAAAGGUGGCGUGACCUAUAGGGAUGAGCCGUGGCAUAAGGAGUGCUUUGUGUGCACAAGCUGUAAAGUCCAACUAGCUGGCCAGCACUUCACCUCCCGUGAUGACAGCCCAUACUGCCUCAAAUGUUUUGGCAAUCUCUACGCCAAGAAGUGUGAAGCCUGCAAAAAACCUAUUACAGGUUUUGGUGGAGGAAAGUACAUUUCAUUUGAGGAGCGGCAGUGGCACCAGCCAUGCUUUAACUGCUCUCGAUGCUCCGUGUCGCUGGUGGGCGCAGGCUUCUUUCCCGAGCAAGAUGAGAUCCUCUGUCGCAACUGCAACAGCAACUUAUAGAACGCAACCCCUAUCCACACACCUUACCUUCCCAUAUACAUGCAUACAUGUACAUGCACACAUCUAUUUUACACCGCUGUGCCUUCACAUCUCAUUUACGCCUAUGCUGAUACUGCUGUUUGACAUCACAUCAAACCAGCAAUCUGCCACCACACACAACGGUCUGAGCUUUACCAGACUACUCAAAGAAUAGGCUUGCUGGUUUACGACUGGAUAAACAAGACUUUUAAAAGAUGCACCAAAGAUUGGUAUUGAGUUGAGAAAGCCACGCAACGCUGAGUUCCAACUACAGUCUAUCCAGAAUCAACACUCCAUAAACGUGUAGGUCUCUAUGCACAGAUAAAAAUAUCCGAUCUGCCUACUAGUUAUUCCCAUCUUUAUUUUUCCUGGCCAGCCAGAACUGUCAUUAAGCUGGUAAUGGUCAUUAAUGGGUGGAUGUAGUCUGUGUUUGCAGCCUGUGAAAGAACUCAAACAGAUUCCUUCAUAAACACUCAAAGGUCAAAGGUUUGGCGUACUGUUAAAGUGACUUAACGCCUGUUUAGAAUUGUUCCAAACACUCUGUGCCAAACAAAGUGUACAUGAAUGAAAGCACAACUGAUUUUUAGUUUGGGGUACAAUGAAAGUUACACUUUGAGAAAAGCUGAGCAUCUAAGCAUUCACACACCAUAUGUGUCACAUAAAUAUGUGUGACUGCUGUAGUUAGUGAGCACUUUUUUCUAAAACGUCACUAAAGCCUUUUGUCUUUCUUAGCAGAACUUCAGCAUCAAACAACAUUUGAUGCAUUGCACAUGCAUUCAGUUCAAUGGGAGUCUUCCAAAAUGCAUAGCAAUGUCAGAAAAAAUAACAGCUGAAAUGUUUCUGCUGUCCAGAGAUGUGUGGGAAAAUGAAGUUUGCAAUGCAUUAUAUAUAUAUAUAUACAGGUGGAAGACAGACUUGCAUUUGCACUACUAUAGCUUGAAUUAUCUAUAAAAGCACAGAAACUUCGAGAUACAGCACGCAUUACACUGUAUAUACACAAACUACAUAUUACUUCAUGUUCACUUUCUGUUUGAUAAUUCAGUUUCUUAAGUCUUUAUAAACAUGUCUCCUCCGUGUUAAGAGUGAGUGAAUGAAAUAAUGUCAAAAAUGAUAGUAUGCAUGUUGUCAAACUUUGUCAAAUCGAGACGUUAAGUAUUGUUAUUUUAUUGAUGCCAAUUUUACUAGUUUCACCUUCUGAGUAUUUCUAAAUGUAUGAGUAUAUAUUCACUUUGAGCUUUAUUGCAGGAGAGAAAGAGCUGGCUAAUGUGCAUUUCUUAAUUAAGUGAUUCAAGCUUUGUAAGUUUGAGGUGUGGUAAAAAAAAUAAUUGAUUGUUUAUUGAUUGUUGAUAAAUAUUUUAUAAAUGAAA